GCUAUACAUAUGAAGCACAGUUUAAGCCCAAUACAACUGACCAAUCAAAAUUAGUGAAUGCACUGCAUCUCUCUGCAGUGGAGAGAAGCGACAAGGUAGGCUGUCAUUCUGCAAAAGCUGCCCAGAACAGGCUUUCCUCUGAAAAGCAGUGCCGUUCCUUUUUAGAAAGACUGAAUCUAAAUGUUGUCUCUGGAGACGAGAAGCCUUCAGUAUGUUAAAUUACUUUCAUUAUGUAUUUUCAGAUGCUUAUUGAUUCCACAGUAGGAAGAGUGAGAGACUGCAGCAGCCUCUAAACAGCACUACAUGUUCCAUACAUUAGCAGUACUGCUGAAACAAUGGCACACUACAGACACAUAUUUUCAUUAAGGUUAUUUUCGAAGAGAUGUUUAUGACCCUCUUUCCCCAGUCCUCUACUAACAAGUGAACAAAAUGAAUCAAUCCAAACUGGAAAUGCUUCAACUACAUCAAGAAUUUAUCAAAUCUUUAGCGGAGGGCCGACAGCAGCUAAUUCAGUAUUUACAACUGACAAUAUGAAGAAUGCAAUUGACUGAGCAUCUCCCUAGCUGUCUGAACUACGAACUGCAAGAUGUUCUUACAACACGACUUUAAGACAUUAAGGAGUUAAAACCAGGGAAUAGUUCUACAUUACUGAUGGAAUAUAAAAAACCAACUGUAUCCUAAGAAGAUGCUACAUAAAAUAACCACAAAAAGAAAAACAAUAUAACUGUAAAAGCCUGAAAAAAAUUUUAAAAGGGGAAGUUUAUACUUUCAUAUACCAGAAUUGUGGAAGUUACUGAUUCUGGAAGACAUAAUGAAACAUGAAUUUCCAAAAAGAAAAUAAAAUACUUUAUCAGCACACAAAAGGAAGAUUUAGCAAGUGUUUUCUGCACUAAAUAUUCAGAUAUUCAUAUCAAUUGGUAUGACUAAUGGAUUUUUCUGACUUUUAUGACCAAUUAUGUAUCCUCUUCUAAUGAAAACAAACAAAAUUAAACAGCAGAUGGUUUUUAUCAAAAGGACAUGGCCUGGAUUUAUAAUAUAAAGCAAGUUAUGUGAUCAAGAAAUCAUUUCAAAGUAGUUAGCACUGCUAUUAAAAACAGAUUUACAAUCGUAACAAAAGGAUGUCUAAAUAUAUUUUAGAAGCUACAAACCUUAUGUUUCCUUUUUUGUUUUCACAUAUUCUGGAAAAUAAAGAAAUAUUAUCAUGUACUCCAUCAAAGGGAAACAUAAUUCCUAUCAUCUGAGGAAAUUUCUCUUGGCCGUGACUUUUUAAAGCAAAACAAAUACAAAUAUUAUGUACUGUUCUUUAGAAAUCCAUCAGCCAACUAAAUCUCAUAAUGCAUGCAGUUGAAGUAUUGGAGAGAAAAUGAAAGAAUUCCUACAAGACAUGAAAUAAAACACAGCUACUUCACUGUUGUCAGGGAAAAAAACCAACUGCUCCAAAAGAAUGUGUUUUUCUCCCAUUCUGGAAAUCAACAUGCAGUCUGAAUCUAACAUUACAGUGCGAGAUGACAUUGAUGACAUCAACACCAAUAUGUACCAACCACUAUCAUAUCCGUUAAGCUUUCAAGUGUCUCUCACCGGAUUUCUUAUGUUAGAAAUUGUGUUGGGACUUGGCAGCAACCUCACCGUAUUGGUACUUUACUGCAUGAAAUCCAACUUAAUCAACUCUGUCAGUAACAUUAUUACAAUGAAUCUUCAUGUACUUGAUGUAAUAAUUUGUGUGGGAUGUAUUCCUCUAACUAUAGUUAUCCUUCUGCUUUCACUGGAGAGUAACACUGCUCUCAUUUGCUGUUUCCAUGAGGCUUGUGUAUCUUUUGCAAGUGUCUCAACAGCAAUCAACGUUUUUGCUAUCACUUUGGACAGAUAUGACAUCUCUGUAAAACCUGCAAACCGAAUUCUGACAAUGGGCAGAGCUGUAAUGUUAAUGACAUCCAUUUGGAUUUUUUCUUUUUUCUCUUUCCUGAUUCCUUUUAUUGAGGUAAAUUUUUUCAGUCUUCAAAGUGGAAAUACCUGGGAAAACAAGACACUUUUAUGUGUCAGUACAAAUGAAUACUACACUGAACUGGGAAUGUAUUAUCACCUGUUAGUACAGAUCCCAAUAUUCUUUUUCACUGUUGUAGUAAUGUUAAUCACAUACACCAAAAUACUUCAGGCUCUUAAUAUCCGAAUAGGCACAAGAUUUUCAACAGGGCAGAAGAAGAAAGCAAGAAAGAAAAAGACAAUUUCUCUAACCACACAACAUGAGGCUACAGACAUGUCACAAAGCAGUGGUGGGAGAAACGUAGUCUUUGGUGUAAGAACUUCAGUUUCUGUAAUAAUUGCCCUCCGACGAGCUGUGAAACGACACCGUGAACGACGAGAAAGACAAAAGAGAGUCUUCAGGAUGUCUUUAUUGAUUAUUUCUACAUUUCUUCUCUGCUGGACACCAAUUUCUGUUUUAAAUACCACCAUUUUAUGUUUAGGCCCAAGUGACCUUUUAGUAAAAUUAAGAUUGUGUUUUUUAGUCAUGGCUUAUGGAACAACUAUAUUUCACCCUCUAUUAUAUGCAUUCACUAGACAAAAAUUUCAAAAGGUCUUGAAAAGUAAAAUGAAAAAGCGAGUUGUUUCUAUAGUAGAAGCUGAUCCCCUGCCUAAUAAUGCUGUAAUACACAACUCUUGGAUAGAUCCUAAAAGAAACAAAAAAAUUACCUUUGAAGAUAGUGAAAUAAGAGAAAAAUGUUUAGUGCCUCAGGUUGUCACAGACUAAAGUCUAAGUUUCACCAAAUCCACAUUCAAAUGAGUUUUAAAUUUAAAUUGUAAAAAUUGCUAUUACUGCCAAAUAUAAGAAAAAUAUUUUAAGUAUUGGUUAUGUUGUAAAUUUUCAAUGUGAAUGUCAAUUAGAUAGGUCAUAUAUAUUCAAUUUCUUCAUUACUUAAUGUAUUUGUUGCAUGGCAGUUUGUUAAAGUACUAUCAUAUGUAUAUUUUGUCAAUAUUAUGUCCAACAGAAAAUAUUCAUGUAAGUCACAUUUUUUAAAGAAUAAAUACAUAGCCUU